AUGGAUGGAGAAAUUCAAGAAAUCUAUGUAGCCAUGAUAAUUGAAGAGUCUGAGGAAAAGAAAUUUAAUACUUCAGGCGAAAAGAAAAUAAUUAAACUUUAUCAAAAAUCAUCCAAUUCAGAUCGUAAUAGUGGAAAGGCAGAUAUAGAACAUGCCAAUGAAACAAUUAGUCUUAAUAACUAUGAGGAAUUCAGUAUUAAAGAAAUCAGAGUAUUUAACUUGUGUUUCACUCUUGCAGACCGGUAG